UGUUUUUAUUGCAUAAACAGAAUGUGAUUGCGGAGAGAAUAUUUUCUGUGAAUUACGAGAUGGAAAGCCAAUUUGUAGUUGUCCUGAUAAUUAUCAAUUAAACAAUGGAUCCUGCAUUGAAUGUAAUUGUGGAAAGCAUGGUAAAUGCGUGUAUGAUGACUCUGGCAAAAAACUGACAUGUGAAUGUAAUACUGGUUAUUCAGAGAAUUCGAUGGGCAUAUGUCAAUAUUGUUACUGCGGAGAUAACUCAAUGUGUGCUUUGAAUGUUGAUGGUACAAAAAAUUGUUCAUGUCCUUCGGGAUACAGAGAUGUAAAUGGAUUUUGCACAGAGAUCAAUGAAUGUGAAGAAGGGAUCGCAACGUGCCUUUCUUCAGAAGUAUGUAAAAACAUAUACCUGGUGGUGCCUUUUGCGCCUGUGCUGAUGGAUACAGACACACAGACAAUGGAUGUGAAGACAUAGAUGAGUGUGCUUUCCAAAAGCCUUGCAGAAACAAAGGGACUCAA